AAGCUCUAGUACCCAGCCCCCCUGCUGAGAGAUGAUGGCCUAGAAUGGCAGCGUUGCGUCUUUUACAAGUCGUCAUGGCAUCGUCCAAGCGACUUCCAAGAUCAUUGCCAUCCACCCCUACCAAGUCCCCAGUCCGUCGUUACCCAAGUGUCUCAGGUAUCAAUCAAUCUCCUUCACCGUCCCUCAAGAAGAACUUGACACAAGGGAAGAAAAUAAAAAGUCAGUCAGAUGCAGGGCUUGUGUCAUCAUUCCGGAAAAUUUCCAUAACACCAAGCCCUCAUCCGCCUGCACGCUCCAAAAGUACCUUGCCCAGGAAGAUUAAGUCUGGUCGAAUUAGGGGGUUGAGCACCACUCCAGUUUCAUCAAUUGAAGAUGUUGUUUACUUGAUUCGGGAGGAGAAAUGCAAGAAUAUCAUUGUUAUGGCAGGGGCUGGUAUCAGCACACCAAGUGGCAUCCCUGAUUUUAGGACCCCAGGGACUGGUCUCUAUGACAACUUGCAGGAGUACAAUAUACCUGAACCUACUGCAAUAUUUGAUAUUGAGUAUUUCUGGUAUGACCCUCGUCCUUUCUUCUGUCUGGCCAAGACCCUAUAUCCUGGCAAUUAUCAGCCAAACUAUGUCCACUACUUUGUAAAACUACUUCAUGACAAAGGUUUUCUGCUGAGGAUGUACACCCAGAAUAUCGAUGGGCUUGAGAGAUUGGCUGGCCUUCCUGCAGAAAAACUAGUGGAAGCACAUGGGACAUUCUCAACAGCUUCUUGUAUCAGUUGUCACCAUAGUUAUGAUGGAGAACAGAUAAGGAAAACUAUAGAGAAUGGUGACAUUCCAAGAUGUGAAACUAUCAAGUGCAAGGGUGUUAUCAAGCCAGACGUGGUUUUCUUUGGGGAAGAUUUACCCAAACGAUUCUACUCGUUCGAAAUUGAUUUCCGUAAAUGUGAUCUCCUUUUAGUCAUGGGGACGUCCUUGGAGGUUGAGCCAUUUGCUGGGAUAGUCAACGAAGUGAGUCGCUCAACCCCAAGAGUGCUCAUCAACAGGGAGAGCGUAGGACCUUUUCUUCACCCGUGGAGAAGACGACCCAAGGAUGUUGUCCUAAAAGGGGAUAUCGUCAGCAGUGUAAAGAGACUGGCAAAGCUACUGGAAUGGACUGACAGUAUGGACAAUAUUAUUGAGACGGCUGAUAAAGAGUGGGAGGGAAAAAAGUCGGCAAAAAAACCCUCUGAUGCGUCAGAUGCACUUGCUAAAGAUAUUGCUAAAACAACUUGUAACAGGCCAGUUACACCUAGCGACAGCAGUACCAGUUCUAAAACAACAGAUAGAAACAAUUCACGAUCUUUACAUACAAUGGUAGGGUCACCUUCCAGGUCAAGGGACCAACUCUUUGGCAAACCCGAGGCCUUGUUCACUAGAAAAAACGGAAAUGGGGAUAGAAGAUGCCAUCUCAACAACAGAAACCAGAAUGGUUCAACACAAGAAACUAAUCCAUUGUGCAAUGGAAAUUUUAGUCAAACGAACAAUAAUAGGUUUUUGUCUGCAGUGAGGGAUUUGCCAAGUAGUCGAAUGCCACUUUUGCCAUUCCGUUACACCCACAGAAGCAAUUCUGAGGCACCACAAGGGAAUUAUAAGUCAAUCGACAUGAGUAAGGAUUUGGCCAGCGCUGGAAUUGGACUAAGCAGAGUCUGCAGUGGUAAGGACAGGGGGAGUGUGAGGUGCUUCUUAUCACAGGGUUCUGACAGUGACGAUGAAAGUUCAGGGAGUGAUGGUUAGGUGUGACGUUAGGAAGAGGAUGCAAUACAGAUAUGAUCAAGUUGGUUGCUACUGCUGCUAUGCCUCAUAAAAGACACAACAGUAGUGGAUUGGCAAUAAUAAAAGCAACAGACCAGUAGUUAGCAGGAAAGAUGCCACCAAGUGCAGUAGAAGAAUUUGUUUGUAAAUAGGCUUUAUUACAAGUACUGUACCUCAAACAUGGAGAAAUUCUGCACAGGAAUUUUAAAAGAAAAACACGAUAAAAACAACAACUACACUAAGCAAUUUACAGCAUUAUGCACAGGUACCUUGGCUAGCCAGAGUGUCAGGCCAUUUUAUUGUUCCCUAUGAAUUAUGUAAUGGGUUUUCUCCCAAACUUUUGAAAAAUAAAAUCGCCUGAUAAUCAGACUAACCCUUAGCCUGUAUGCAAAUAAACUUGCCUGAGGAGAUUAUGUAUGAAUUGUUUUACACACGUUUAAAGAAUCUUAAAAAAGAAUACUCAAGAACAAUGUGCAGUGUGAACCUUGUGUGACUACAGACCAAACUACUGCAUAGGAAACUAACAAGGGCAGGGAAAGUAAGAGCUGGUAAUAGGAAAUUCACCCUGUCUGACCACCAACUAAAUAGAUACUGACCAGACUGACACCCUUAUCACCUAGGUAAAUAGAUCAAGUGGAAAGGAAGUGAUGAAGAUACCUUUAUCCACAGAUAUUCAAAUAACAUUUUUUAAAUUUUGUAAUAACCAAGAAGUGUCUGGAAAAUAAUUCAUAAUUUAGUCAAUAUUCUCAAAUCAAGAACAGAUAGAUUAAAAAAAAUUAAAAAAUGUUUUUCAAA